AUGGUGACAGGAGUGGAAACAGCUGGACUCGUCCUGGGAGCUAUUCCUCUCCUUAUAUCUGCCCUCGAGAACUAUGAGAACUUGGCAGCUCCGACAAAAGCUUUUAUCCACUGGAGAUCACGUUUGAGAGGAUUAGUAUUGGAGCUCUAUACAAUACAUACCUCUUACGACCAAGCUGUUCGUGUCCUAUUAAAGCCAUAUGCCGACCCCGCAGACCAAAUCACGAUGAUGGAAGACCCCCGAAGCAACUUGUGGAGAGAAGGAGACAUUGCCGACAGUCUUCGCAAUCAGUUAGGGCCAGUAUAUGGUCCUUUCAUUCACACUAUAGAUGAAGUGUCAGAGAUCCUGGUCGAGAUAGCGGCCUGCCUCAAUAUUCCUGGGUCGCAGCAGGGAGAGGAUCAAGUUUACCAUGAAGAAAAAAAGCGUGAAGGCCGCGCUGGAGCGUUUGGAGGCUUGUACAAGAAUGAUCGAUGCCUGGACCAUUAG